UGGAGCGCGCCGGGGGACACGGGCGGGCGCAGCGACGUGACGUACAGCGUGGCGUGCGAGCGCUGCGGCGAGGAGCGGUGCCGGCCCUGCGAGCCCCACGUGCGGUUCAGCCGGCAUUCGCCGAUGCCGGGCACGUCCGUCAGCGUGCUGGAGCUCAGCCCCUACACCAACUACACCUUCACCGUGGAGGCCCGCAACGGCGUGUCCAACCAGAGCCCGCUUCGCAGCGUCGCUUCCACCAUCGCCUACGUCAACGAGACCGAACCUCCGAAGGUCACGUCGAUCAUCAUGGAGAAACAGGAGAAGUCCAGCCUCACCCUGACCUGGACGGUCCCCGGGCGACAGAUGAGAAGCGUGACUGGCUACAAGCUCAUGUACAGCAAGAAGGUGGAUCAGCAGACCUACACAGUGCUCCAGUCCAGCAGUAACUCGGUCAUGGUGUCUGACCUCCUCCCUGGCACGGUGUACGUGUUCCGCGUUCAGGCCCUGACGCACGACGGCGCCGGCUUCUACAGCGAGACGCACGAGUUCCACACCCUGGAGGAGAAAGCAGAAACUAAUUGGGUCUCACUGGCCGCGGGGAUAGGAGUCGCUGGAGUUGUGGUACUUCUGGUCAUUGGGUUCAUCUGCAUCAGGAGGAGGAAACGCAACUCACGGGCACGCCAGGGGCCUGAGGAUAUUUAUUUCACCAAACACCCUGACCAGUUGAAACCUCUGAAGACCUACGUUGACCCCCACACGUACGAAGACCCCAACCAGGCCGUCCUGAAGUUUGCCGACGAGAUUCUUCCCUCCGCAAUCACCAAACAGAAGGUGAUUGGAGCCGGUGAAUUUGGCGAGGUCUAUAAAGGAACUUUGAAGAAAGGAAGGAAGGAUAUCAGCGUGGCUAUAAAAAUACUGAAGGUCGGCUACACUGAGAGCCAAAGGAUUGACUAUCUGAGUGAAGCAAGCAUCAUGGGGCAGUUCAGUCACCACAAUGUCAUCCAUCUGGAAGGAGUUGUCACCAAAUACAAACCCCUGAUGAUAAUCACGGAAUACAUGGAAAAUGGGGCCUUGGACGCCUAUCUCCGGAACAAUGAUGGGGAGUUCUCCUCCCUACAACUGGUGGGAAUGUUGCGGGGGAUAUCGUCGGGGAUGAAGUACCUCUCCGAUAUGAACUACGUGCACAGGGACCUUGCGGCCCGCAACAUUCUGGUCAACAGCCAGCUGGUGUGCAAGGUGUCCGACUUUGGGCUGUCCAGGGUGCUGGAGGACGACACGGAGGGCACCUACACCACCAGCGGAGGGAAGAUCCCGAUCCGCUGGACGGCUCCGGAAGCCAUCGCCUAUCGGAAGUUCACCUCGGCUAGUGAUGUGUGGAGUUUCGGCAUUGUCAUGUGGGAGGUGCUGUCCUACGGAGAGAGGCCCUACUGGGAGAUGUCCAACCACGAGGUGAUGAAGUCGAUAAACGAAGGCUUUCGGCUGCCGGCCCCGAUGGAAUGCCCGUCGGCCAUCUACCAGCUGAUGAUGCAGUGCUGGCAGCAGGAGAGGGCCAAACGGCCCAAGUUUGGUGACGUGGUCAACAUCCUUGACAAGCUGAUCCGCAGCCCGGAGUCGCUGAAGAGCAUCGCCGACUUUGACCCACGCGUGUCCAUCCGGUUGCCGAGCACCAGCGGGUGCGACGGUAUGAUCUUCCGCACAGUCACAGAGUGGUUGGAGUCGAUCAAGAUGGGACAGUAUUUGGAGAACUUCCAGGCAGCGGGUUACAGCACCAUGGAGCACAUUGUACAGCUAACGCCAGAGGAUGUGACAGUGGUUGGAGUCCGAUUGCCGGGACAUCAGAAGCGGAUUGCCUUCAGCAUCCUGGGGCUACAGGAACAGGCCAGCAGCAUGGGUGUGUACACUGUGUGAAGCCUCUCCUGCACCCAGGGAGAGUGGGUGAACCUUGUUCCACGGACUGACGUUACUUGAAUGGAUCGACUGUCCUGCACUUGUGUGUGGCUGGCACUGGACAACGACUUGAUUAUUAAAAUCCGUAGAUGGGGUGGGGGGGAGAACGGCCCACUUAGCCAACCCUGCCUUAUUGACUCGACCUGCGAUUCCCCACUGGUGGUGGUGCUCCGUUGUGGCGACGUGACAUGGAAGGGAAGCCGUUCAGAGCCAUCGAUCCCAAGUGGCUGUAUCUCGAAGUGUGUGUGUUUGUGUGUGUGGCAUCUUCUUCUUCUUCUUGCGUAUGGCGUGCACAGCCUAAAGUUGUAAAGGGGCUGUCCCACUUGCACGCGAUUGCGUGUGUUUGG